AUGGAAACUCUCAGAUGCUCCUACGAGCACCCCUGGAUGAUGUGGUAUGAUGGACUAGUUAGCUAUCCUCAACUUCUUAGCCGCUCCGCAGACGUGCCGGGUAUCCCCCAAGCACGUACUGUGCACGGCAACUGUUGCCUGAUUCAGAGCCUGCUGCAAUGUUGCAGGCCUGGUAGACCGCCGAAAAGGGCUCCUGUCGGACUCUCCUUGGCAGCGUCGCACCUCUCCCAGCAGAUCAAGAAGCACAGGAUGGACAACGGAGACUACCCAUCGGGCCAUGUUAGGGCCGUCCUGUUUACCCCCAUCUUGUUGAUUCCCUCUAUCUACACACCUUCAUUAGCAAAUCCUGCCCGCUAUGAUUUAGUUUGCUCUCGUAGUAUUCGUUGUAGCUCUUGUAGCCGUUGUUGA